AUCUCCUACCACCAAAUCCACUGGCGGCGCAACAAUUCCGUGAAGAUCGCCAGCCGGGAUGGUGGGGCGAAUGUCCAGUACCCCAACAGCACCUACAAGGGACGCCUGAAACUCUUCCCCAACAACACCCUAAAAAUCAGCUGCUUGCAGAAAAACGACAGCAGCGUGUACCAGGUGUACCUGGAGGACGAGGUGGGCAAGGAGCACAUUGAAAACAUCCUCUUGACGGUGUACGAUCUGGUCCCGAAGCCCACUGUGAAUGUCAAAGUGAUCAGGGAUGACCCGGCGCGGUGCGAAGCCACCCUGGGGUGCUCGGUGGGGCUCGAAGGGGUGACCUACGAGUGGAUCCCCCCCAGCAAGCUCCCACCGGAGGGUGCGGGUGCCUCCGAGCAGCACGUCUCCUUCGACCCCUCGAUAGAAACCUACAUCUGCAAACACGUCUCCUUCGACCCCUCGAUAGAAACCUACAUCUGCAAAGUCAGCAACCCUGUCUCCUCCAACAACGCCUCACUGACCUACAGGCACCCCUGCUCCUGGACAGCUGAGUCCUCCGCUGCUGCAUCCUGCACCACCACCAGCGUGCUGGUGGCCCUGGGACACUACCUCCUCCUCUUCCUCCUCACUCUGGCUUAA